CAGAAAUCGAAAUCGUUAACCCCGUCUGAGAGAGGUGAUUCCGGCCAUCGGGUGAUUCCAUGAUUUAGGGUCAUGCACUGAUUCAUAUCUCGACAACCAGUGAUUCCAGAGAGUCAAUCGGGGGCGCAAAAACACGGCCAAAGGCCACUCUUUACGUGUGCCAAACGACGUCCUCUCACUCUCAAUGGUCAGCGCGCUGUGACGACAACAAGGUCUGAUUUCUAUGCUGUGAUUUCGUGAUUCCAAAAAAAAGUGAGUUCCCGUGGCUCGUCGCUCGACGUCCGAGCCCCCUCCCCACCCCCCCUAUGGCCCGCCUGCCGGCGGACGCCGGCAGGAUAGCGGCCCGAUGCCUGGCGAGGGUCGCCAACCAUCCAGAUGCCUUCCCGCAUCUGGACAUGGCGACCAGCACUGGGAUACGGCUGACGCCGGGCAUCGUGUUUCACCACCUGCUGUGGUUUAGCGUUCGAGACCAUCACGAAAACCUCCACGUAAGCCGGGCGGGUCGCACACAGGGAUAGGAGGGAGGGUGGAGGGGCCAGGAUGCGUUUGAUGCAUCUGUGCAUCUGCCAAUGUGUCUCUGGUGUGUUUGUGUGUGGGUCUUGUGUGUGGUGCAGUACACCGUGCUGCCCGAGUACUACAUUCCCAUCGUCACGCAGGACCUCCAGUUGACCAACAACGAGUUGCGCACCACAGCAGAGUGGAACGUAAGCACAGAAACGACGCACCAGAUACACACAUGCAUGCACUCUGAUCACUCCCUGUCUGUGUGUCUGCUGUGUGUGGUCCCUUUCUCUCUGUCAGUACGAGUGGCUGUAUAUCCACACGCUGAUCCCCAUCUGGGCCCCCCAGCCGGAGCUGCGCAUCCGACUGCACGUGUGGACCAAAUGCUGCAUCGUGCCCAUCUGCCGGCUCAUCCAGGCCGCACCCGGCCAGCCGCUCAUCAACAACGGGACCGUGAACCUCUACCAACAAGGCGGCAGGUGGCACGUGCGCAUGAGGGUGGCCCGGACCUCCGCCUGCCCGGGCCGAUUCGGGACGGUGCAGCAGCUGUUCGGCCUCACCAACGCGCAGCGGCGGGCAUUGCGGCCCGUGGGUAUGGGGGCGUACCCACACGAGCCGGCGCAAUAUGGCCACGGCUGAAUGGCAGCCAGGUGGACAACGCGUACAGGGCGUUCGUCCAGAAUGUGAUCAACACCUGCACCCAUCCGUAAGUGGACGGCUGUGUUGCACACAUGGGGAGAGGGGAGGAGGGCCUUAAUUGUGGCCACUCGUGUGAUGUGUAUGUGUGUGUGGAUGGUUUAGGGGGCCGAGUUCUACUGCCGAGUUCAGUAGAAGGCACACACAUCACCCUACAGCACAGCCCACCACACCGUAUGGUGUGUGUAUCAUGAUGUUCGUUGUCAGCCUGGAGGUGCGCUGGCCGCCCGACGGAUGGCGACCGCAUCACCCAGGAGAGGCUGCGGCGCACUCUUGGGCGGCUGCGGCUGUCCGACGACGUGAGGGAGACCAAGGUGAUAAUGGGGUACUAGGUGGUAGUGGUGGAUGCAGAUCGGUUCUAGGCUGGAGGGAUGGACGGAUGUGCAUAUGAGGUGAUGCGUAGGCUUGGUUGGACGUUUGUGCGUGUGUGUCCGUGUGGGGACGGUUGCAAGGCGUUCCAAUCAAGCGGACAACAAGGACAAAAACUGAGUUGAAGAGGUAGAGAGAG